UUGAUUUAAAGGUUGAUUCCAUUUUUUUCUAAUAAGCACGCUGCAAAUGUGCGGCUCCUUACAAUAUCAGGGCAGAUAAAGUCCCACGUUGGUGUUUGCCUCCACUGCCCCCCCCCUUUCAAAACCAACCCAUAAAUAUACAUAAAAUGGCUGUCAGUUCAGUCUCAUGGUUCUAAUUUAAGAGAAAAGAAGCACCAUUUUACAAGGCUCCCCUCACCUAGAUCCAGCCUUCACCCCCACCUUCCCCAACUCCUUUCUUUCGGAACCUCUUCAGUUAACAGUUCACCAUGGAGGUCUCCCAUCUUCACAGAAUUGAAGGCAAGGAGCCAGAAUACCUGGGUUAUUUUCAGAUCAUCGCCCAGAAAUGCCAGGGUGGCAACCUAAAGAAUACUUUUCCAGGCAGAAAAGGAUGCACGAGAAUGCAUUGAAAAGGAGCCAGAAGCAGCUCUUAAAUCACCAAUUGUCUUCGGAAGCUUUGAGUAAGGAGGAAGAAAAAAAGAAGAGGAAGAGGGCGUUCGCUUUGAUGGUGGACCUCACUACCACGCUAUUAAGCACAUCAGCGUCCUAAUUGCUCGCACGGUGCCACUUAGCAGCGCUUCCCCGAGAGCGCCCUGCGACGACUUCUCCUCAUUGAUCAUGUCAGCGACGCCAGCAAACUGCAUCUUUAAGCCACUGAAACGCUUCUGCACGGUGGAUUACAAAAAGAACUCGGCGAAGGAAAUCUGCAGUCUCGGAACACCGCCGUUACCUUGAGUUGCAAGAGGACGCUCCUAGCAUUUACCCGGAAUCAGCUCAAAGUAAACCGAGGACCGGCGCCAAAGCCUACCUCACCUCGGCCCCGCUCCUGUUUCUCACGGUAUGCAAAGCUAACCCUAGGAAUUCACAGCAUCGGGACUGAGAACCACCUCGCCAGCACUCCCAUCUUUGGAGUUGCUUAUUACAUUUAAUUGUCAAUGCUGCCCCCCCCCCCCCACUUUUUUUUUUCCAUCAGGGAAAGGGCGGCUGGACUGAUUAGGAGGCAAAGCAGAGGGUGGAGAACACAAGCUGCCUUCCACUUGUGGUCGACAGCACCACUCUCAAAGGAGGGACCUACAUGGAGCGAGUGUGUGCGUGUGAGUGCGGGUGCGUUGGCGAGCGGGGCCGCGUGCGGGCUGGGGGAGUGGGGGUGGAGGCUGGGGGGGGGCGGCUGGCAUUUGAUGGAGACGCCGGGUUCUGGGAGCCACUGCCUAUUCUCUAGCCAGCCUCGCCUUCUUCAUGGCCACCGACGUCUGAUGUGGAACCGUAAAGCCCACACGGAAACCGAGUCGCUUCCGAGAGACACGGGUUCGAGCCUGGAGACCGCGCUCUGGGUCGCCCAGAUCCGCGUGUUGGGCAGCGCUGCCCUUCACCACGCCAAGAGCGCACGGGUGCCCAAGAGCCCCUCACGUGCGGUCCAGACCGAUGGGGACCACCGUGUGAACACCUCCCCGGAGGCAUCCCCGACCUCCCCGCGCAGCGGUCGACAGCUCCCGGCUUCAAAGCCGCAACACCAGCCCCGAGGAAAGCGAAACGUUUACCUUAGAAUUUCGUUUCUCCACUGGCUCCAAUCUGCACAGCCAUUCAGCAGCGCGGGGCGCCCUCCCCCGCCCUGCCCGUGCUCCCCGCCCCCACUCACCCCCCAACUCCAGCUGAGAACCCAUUGCAAAUUGUGUCCAGCCAGCGUGCAACUCCGGCGUUUACAACUUUAAUUCAGUUCUGGUUCGCCUGGGUUGCAGAGCUUCCCCUCUCACCCCACUCCCUUUCCCCUCCUCCUUGCCAUCAAAGGAGAACGAAUAUUUGAGAAAAUAAAGUUGAAUGAGCCGGGGAAGGCUGA